UUUCUAAGUAACGUCGGAAAUUAAAGUCAGACAACAAGAAAUCAGAUUUUUUUUCCAUGUAAAAAUUGUACAAAUCAAACAGUACCGCGCAGCAUUAGAAAUGUAAUUGAAGUGCAUUGAUUACCCGAACAUAAGACACAGUCAACCGUAGAAUAUUAUUUUGGGAAUGCCAAAACCUAACUUCAAGGAGAAAGACCUGGGCAAGGUGGUGCUGUACACCACCAGCAUGGGCAUCAUCCGGGACACCUACACGAAGUGUGCCAACGUGAAGCAGAUCCUGCGCACCCUGCUGGUCAAGUUCGAGGAGCGGGACGUCUUCAUGAGCGUGGAGUACCAGGCGGAGAUGCGCCAGCGGAUGCAGAGCGGCCAGGUGCGGGUCCCUCAGCUGUACGUCGAGGGCCAGCACAUCGGGGACGCCGAGACCGUGGAGCGGCUGAACGAGUCCGGCGAACUGAGGCAGCUGCUCAAGCCGUACAAGUCCAUGGCCAGCACCUACACCUGCCAGACCUGCGGCGGCUACCGCCUGCUGCCCUGCCCCUCCUGCAACGGGUCCAAGAAGUCCGUGCACCGCAACCACUUCACUGCCGAGUUCGUGGCCCUCAAGUGCAUGAACUGCGACGAGGUGGGCCUGGUCAAGUGCCACAACUGCUGAGCUACAGUCCCAGUUCCAGUUCCACUUCCAGUUCUGGUAGUCGUAAGCCCAGUUAGUCUAGGCCACCAAAAUCCAAUACACUCGAAAUACUCUAGGCCUAAGUAGUAAAUAGCUAAUCCGUA